AUGGGAUUUGCUGCGAGUAUUGUCCUGGUAAUAUUUUUCACAGACUAUGUCAUUUCAGGGGUCUUUAAGGGCUUUGAGGUUGUGGGGUCUUGUAUGGAGCCUCAUAGCUUCAAUGGUGGGCCCUUGAGGACAUUUGAAGGUCACACCGCUACAUCCUGUGCCAACAUGUGCAGUGGGGAGACACUAUGCCAUUCAUUCACGUUCAGGAAAUCCUCUUCAACCUGUUUUCUCCAUCGUGCUUACAUUCCCGAGUGGCCCUGUGACAAAUCUGGCGAUCUCCACUUCAAUGACGUAUAUAACCCCUGUCUUCAUGGCGGAGACCACGACCCUGACACAAACAUCUGUCGGUGUUUCAGUGGUUACAAGGGAGAUGUUUGUGAAGAUGUGAUUACAGACUGUUCCGAUGGUGUGGCUCAUUACAACAGACAGAAUGGCGAAUACAUUAUCCAACCUCAUCUAUCCCCCCGCCCAUUUAUUGUCUACUGUGAGAUGGCCUUUGGUGGACGAACCACCAUUCUGAAACAGGGCAUUGGAAAUGAAAACUUCAACAGACCAUGGGAUGACUACAAGAAUGGAUUUGGAAACAUUUCAGGAGACCAUUGGCUGGGCAAUGACUACAUCCACUACAUCAGCUACAGCAGAAAACACUCGCUCUUGGUACAGGUUGAAACGGGUAGCAGCUACCACGCGUAUUACAUGCAGGACUUUGGAGUAAAUGAUGAAGCAACACCCCAGACCAGGACAAUGACAACAGUGUUCGGAACUGUGCUCAGGACUUUCAGUCAGGCUGGUGGUUCAAGGACUGCUCCACUUGCAAUCCCACAGGCGUGUAUGAGGCAUCCCCUGUCGGUGGACAGGCUGGCGGCGCUGACAGUGACCUACACUGGACUCCUGGGCAGGGAUUGGCAACCCGGUCCCCGAGGAUGA